UCUGAAAUUUGUCUAUAAAUUCAACGUUUUUCUAUCAUUGGAACAGUCAUUGUGUUUGCUAUCGCUCAUACUGCUAAUUAUUAAAGUUUACGAAAAUGAAACUUGUGGCAAUCUUCCUAAUUCUGCCUUUGGCUUUCUGUGAAUCGAAAAACAUUGAACCUAUUGAUUUGGCUCUGCCCCAGGCUCCUGCUCCCAGAGAUCUGCAUCAAGAUCUACAGGAUUUUGCUGAUUUGAUCCCGACGAAUCAGGUUAUUGGAAUUGUUCUCAGUUACAUCAUAACAGACAGAGAGGUUCAGGAACUCUACGGAUAUGCUCGAUCGGACGAAUUUAAGAAACUCUACGAGAGAGCUAUUACAUCUGAAGCCGUUCACGAUCUUGUAUUACUAUUGGAAAGUUACAAUCUUCCUGUAAUCCAAACAGUCAACCAAAUUGCUUCCCUACUGUCGCUUCCUGAGUACGAACCACGAAAUGAGGAUGUUAUCAAUUAUCUUGUGAAAAGACCACAUCAAGGAGUUACUGGUUUGGUGGAUGAUAUCCUACGUCUUCUGCCCCGUGAAGAGCUCAUUGGACUUUAUGUUGAAAAAUUAUUGAAGAGUCCCGAAUUUAGAGAAUUGCACAAAAAUAUUGCUUCACCGGUAACUGCAAGAGCAGCUGCUAAAGUCAUUGCAAAUCAAGAUGUCAGGAGGGCCUACAUGGAACUACACAGACGCGGACUCAAUCUAUUCCUGAUCAGCAAACAAGUUGUAGCCUAUUUUCUAGGCAUGUCAAUGUAAGUAAAACACUAAAUGGAGUACAAUUUCAAUGUAUUUCAUUGGAAAGAGUAUUAAAUAAAAAAGAAAGUUUGACAAAA